AUGGCGAUGUCAAACGUUUGGGAAAAGCUCCGUCGAGCACCUCACGCUCGUGGAAACAAGGAGAACAUUCGUCUCAUAGCUGUCGAAGACCUCGAGAGGCUCCUGCAAGUAUUCAAGCUCGAAGGCGGAACAGUCGCAAGACUGCCCAGUGCUGGGCAGCAUGCCCUUCCCCGUCUAACUCCAGGACAAGAGUAUGCAGCACAACAGCCACGCCUGGCCUUCGUUCUGCUCGGAAUGCCAACACCUACUUGGCUGAAUACGAAUGGCAUUGAUUUGGUUAACAAUAUCGACAGCAUGUUUUGGCGCGCGAUCAUGAACAGGGUCUACCUUCUCGAAGCUGAUCCACGUCGAAGCCUCCUCGCCGCUAGCCACGAAAGCCGGAACGAGACCUUUCGGGCAACGAGCACGGGUUCCGUCCGUAGCAACUGGCUGAACAGGCUCGGCCUCGCACCGAUCAGACUGAACUACUCGGACCUGCUGUAUCUGGGCGGAUUCUCUCAAGGGGCUCAUGGUGCUCUCCGCGACAUGCAAAGCAUCAUACCCCUAAGCCUUGUGCUAGGAAACGUGGUGUCCAGGGUGCUUGUUAACGGGGACGUAUUUGUAAGAUAUUUUGCCCCUUACGAAGGCCAGCCGCCUGAGAGCCCCUUGACCAAGGCCAUCGCGGACCUUCAUGGCAUGGGCCCCAACUACGCGCGUCUCUUUGCCGACGCGCUCUGGGGACUGCCACAGCCUCGCCUUCCUCGAACCAUGGUCUUCAUGUUGAGCAAUGACCUUCUGGAAUGGGAGCCACAGCCUCCCUCCAUGGACCAUUGGCUGCAGGCUAACUUGGUAGGACACAACGACCCAGUCCUCGAAACGCGUGUUCGCAUGGACAUCAUUCCCUGGAUCCGACACAUCUUUGCUGGAUGGCUUCGUCAUCCAGAUCUUGUCCCGCAUGUCCCGCAGCUGUUUUUCGCACGAAUCAAGCCGCGUGUCUGA